UCAACAGCACAUCAUAUAUUAGCCUACACAACUGUGCAACCCGUUCAUGAAUAUCUCCGUACGACGUGGGUUUAUCAAACGCUCCCAAUAUUAGUUCACCUUUCUCUGCCAGAAGCUGGAACCCAUUCAUUGACCGCUAUCCCAAACAGUCUCGCCGAACCAAGACAAAUAAUUUAUCGUACGCAGACCCCUGUCCGGACCAGGAACUAUUCACCACAAUGCGUGCCAUCGUUCAGUAAUGCUGGAACUGUUGGAAGAAGCGUGACAUGUUUGCGUUCCACAUCUGCGGCUGUUUCCCGUCCUGGUUCAGCACAACUUGUCUACGCCACUUUAAGAAGACCAAAUAUCAAACCGGUUACCUACGUGCCAGUUACUUUAAACAAUCAAGGUGCUGCUGUUUCCCAUCGCUUCACAACGCACACGCUUCCAUUUCUCACGCCACCGGCAGCCAAACGGUGUAUUCAGUCUUCUGAAGAGGACCAAAUGGAUAGGUCUGAGAGUCCCUCCAAGCGUUGUUUUGCGAAAAAUGAGUACACGUCACUUGUGAGCAAUGCUAUGUGCUCGAACAGCCAUUGCCAUGAGAAAUCCUCGCCUUCUGUUCCAGGUCAUCCUUGCGCUAGCUUGCGUACCUUCAUCCCUAACCAGUCUCAGUACCACGACUCUCGUAACAACAUUGGUAGUGCGAUUCCAGAAUCUACCUCAUCCGAGUUUUGUCCCAAAGAAAUGUCUCAGUACCACGACUCUCGUAACAACAUUGGUAGUGCGAUUCCAGAAUCUACCUCAUCCGAGUUUUGUCCCAAAGAAAUGGUUUAUCCCUGCUGCUGCCCAUCCUGUGAACCUCUGCUAGCAACAUGGACCAACUACGAAGGAAUGUCUAUUGGGCAUUCGGGUUCGGACUCAACUAGAACCUGUCCACAAUGCCAUGCACUUGAUGUACCCGUGAGUCACGGAUCGUUAUGCUGCAAUGCCAACUGUGCCAAAACCCCGUUACCGAUGCCUGACGCUUCCUUUAUACUACCCUUCAUUUGGGCCGGUUCAUUAAUCUCUAGUGCGAUUUUUCAUCAAUCAACUUACGCGCUGUUUACCGGUGUCGGAACCUGUCCACAAUGCCAUGCACUUGAUGUACCCGUGAGUCACGGAUCGUUAUGCUGCAAUGCCAACUGUGCCAAAACCCCGUUACCGAUGCCUGACGGUAGGACAGACGAUCAACCACAUACAGAGACAGACUUUGAUCGUCAGCUGAAUGGACAAUGUUCAACCACUUAUAUGUCCGUUCAAGAUAUUCUUAAUUCAUGUGUUUAG